AUGCCUAUUGGCAUCACAUUGAUUAUUCCUAUUUUUGAUCUCCAGGAGAUGGGCCUCUGCGGCUUGCUGUAUGCCCUCUCCACCGUGUCCCUGGUAUUUCACUGCCUCCAGGCGACGCAAAUCCUGAUCUUUCAUUGCUCUGUCUGGGUUGUCCAGGCGUGUGAAGAAGGUUCUUUGCUUUCAUCAGAUACUACCUGCAGUAAGACUGGCAGAAUGUCGAGCGAAGCUCUCCAUAUUGGGCGAGUGCUGCUCCAAUUCCGCCCGGACUGCCAGUACAUCGUUAAACUGCUAGUAGUUGUGACAAAUUAUCUCCUUGUCGGUAAAAGCCAGUCGCUGCCCGUGACGACGUCACAAAUCGCGGGGCUCUUUCCAUCUGCCAAAUUCAAAUCUCACCACCAAGAUUGUUGUUGCUUCAGAGGCAGGGCUGAACAAUCGCACAUCUUUAACAACACAGCCGCUCAGACACACACCUCACCACUCACCAUGGACAGCGACACCAACAUGGUUGAGGUGCCGGCCUCCCGCCUGCUCGACCCCCAGAUCUUUGAGCACCUCAAGAACAAGAUCGAAGAAGACCAGGAAGUCCGUGAUCAAAUGAGUCAGACUGUCCAGAAGCUCGACCGGGCCAUCUCCUACGUCCAGGGUCUGCUCUCACGCAUUCACGCCACCCCUCGCCAACAGUACGGCCCCUUUUUGGCUGACGUUCAGGCGGGCAUCCAGAAGGAGAUUGAGGUCAUUGGAGAGCUCCAAGAAAUCGCUUCCAAGCACCCAUACUACAAAUACAACCAGAAGUGGAACCGCCAAGUGCAGAACGUCAUCUUCACCGUCCUUCUUACCGGAUGGUUAGGCGGCCUCACAGCAGAUGGCAAGCCCGGCCCCAUCGCUCGUCUCCUGACUCUCGAGGAAGUCGGUGAAAUCUUCAAAGUCCCUGUUAACCUCAAGGACCGCGAUGCGUUCCACCUCACCAUCGAGGAGUACCUCCUCGCCCUCACCGACCUGACCUCGGAGCUCUCCCGUCUCGCCACCAACGCCGUCACGCUCGCCGACUUUUCCAUGCCCGUCGAAAUCAGCAGUUUCGUCAAGGACCUGUUUGCCGGGUUCCAGCUGCUCAACCUCAAGAACGACAUCCUCCGCAAGCGUGUCGACGCGGUCAAGUAUGAUGUCAAGCGUGUCGAGGAUGUCGUGUAUGACCUUUCGCUCCGCAACCUGAUUCCGCAAAAGAAGGAGGCUGCCGCUGAGCCGAAGGCAUAG